CUCCGAGCGCGGCGUCACCUCCCCGCGGCACCGCCCCUCCCUUCGUGCGCGGGCGCCGACCGCCAGGCCCGGCCGGAACCGCCUCCACUCCCUGAGCUGUCGCUGCGACUCCGCGGUCUCGCGCCCCGGACCGGAGGCCGGACUUAAGGCCGCGGCGGCCGGGCCCCCGCAGAGCCGGGGGAGGGGACGGUUCGCGCCGUGGCAGAGCGUAACUGGGGCUCCCAGGCGGCGCCCGCUCGAGCGAAGCCUGCGUCCUGGCGCCUUCUGUCUUAACAGAGGCCUUGGAUCGGGAUGCCGGCAACCCCCACACGCGCAGCCAGGAGGCAGGCCAGCCGAGGGCCGGGGGGCUCGGACUCCGCUGGCACCCAGUCCACUGUUCGGAGGAACUUAAAGCAGGUUCCCCUCCCGAGGGCCUCGACCCCGAGGACGUGGCGCGGAAGCCGUGCGACCCAUUGGCUUCAGCGGAUGGGAAGCCCGAGGCUGGAACGCGAGUUCGCCCGCCCGCGCUGGGGUUGAACCCGCGUCGAUGGCCUGCAACCUGCAGUCUCGUCCCGGGCGAGCCCUCCCUGGCCCCUCCUCUGGACUUAGACAAAAAAAGACAUGUGGAGCUCAAGAUGGAUCAAGCUUUGCUACUCAUCCAUAAUGAACUUCUCGGGACCAACCUGACUGUCUACUGGAAAUCUGAAUCCUGUUACCAUUGCUUGUUUCAGGUUCUGGUAAACAUUCCUCAGAGUCCAAAAGCGGGGAAGCCUAGCAUUGCAGCCACCCCUGUCAGCACCCAGCACGGAUCCAUUCUACAGCUGAACAACACCUUGGAAGAGAAAGAAGUUUGUAGGUUGGAAUACAAAUUUGGAGAAUUUGGAAACUAUUCUCUCUUGGUAAAGUACAUCCAUAAUGGAGUUAGUGAAAUUGCCUGUGACCUGGCUGUGAACAAGGAUCCAGUUGACAGUAACCUUCCUGUAAGCAUUGCGUUCCUUAUUGGUCUCGCUCUCAUCAUUGUGAUAUCCUUUCUGAGACUCUUGUUGAGUUUGGAUGACUUUAAUAAUUGGAUUUCUAAGGCCAUAAGUUCUCGAGAAACUGAUCGCCUCAUCAAUUCUGAGCUGGGAUCUCCCAGCAGGACAGACCCUCUCGAUGGUGAUGUCCAGUCAGCAGUGUGGCGUCCGUCCUCCCUGCCGCUCCGCCUCCGCAGUGUGGACACCUUCAGGGGGAUUGCUCUCAUACUCAUGGUCUUCGUCAAUUAUGGAGGAGGAAAAUACUGGUAUUUCAAACACGCAAGUUGGAAUGGGCUGACGGUGGCUGACCUCGUGUUCCCAUGGUUUGUAUUUAUUAUGGGAACUUCUAUUUUUCUAUCAAUGACUUCUAUAAUGCAACGGGGAUGUUCAAAAUUCAGAUUGCUGGGGAAGAUUGCAUGGAGGAGUUUCCUGUUAAUCUGCAUAGGAAUUAUCAUUGUGAAUCCCAAUUAUUGCCUUGGUCCAUUGUCCUGGGACAAGGUGCGCAUUCCUGGCGUGCUGCAGCGCUUGGGAGUUACUUACUUUGUGGUUGCUGUGUUGGAGCUCCUCUUUGCUAAACCCGUGCCUGAACAUUGUGCUUCGGAGAGGAGCUGCCUUUCUCUUCAAGACAUCACGUCCAGCUGGCCCCAGUGGCUGCUCAUCCUGGCGCUGGAAGGCCUGUGGCUGGGCUUGACAUUCCUCCUGCCAGUCCCUGGGUGCCCUACUGGUUAUCUUGGUCCUGGGGGCAUUGGAGAUUUUGGCAAGUAUCCAAAUUGUACGGGAGGAGCUGCGGGCUACAUCGACCGCCUGCUGCUGGGAGACAAUCACCUUUACCAGCACCCGUCUUCUGCUGUGCUUUACCAUACUGAGGUGGCCUAUGACCCCGAGGGCAUCCUGGGCACCAUCAACUCCAUCCUGAUGGCCUUUUUAGGAGUUCAGGCAGGAAAAAUACUAUUGUAUUACAAGGCUCGGACCAAAGAUAUCCUCAUUCGAUUCACUGCUUGGUGUUGUAUUCUUGGGCUCAUUUCUGUUGCUCUGACAAAAGUUUCUGAAAAUGAAGGCUUUAUUCCAGUAAACAAAAAUCUCUGGUCGCUUUCAUAUGUCACCACGCUCAGUUCUUUUGCCUUCUUCAUCCUGCUGGUUCUGUACCCAGUUGUGGAUGUGAAGGGGCUGUGGACGGGAACCCCCUUCUUUUAUCCAGGAAUGAAUUCUAUUCUGGUGUAUGUUGGCCAUGAAGUGUUUGAGAACUACUUCCCCUUUCAGUGGAAGCUGGAGGACAACCAGUCCCACAGGGAGCACCUGACUCAGAACAUUGCUGCCACUGCCCUCUGGGUGCUCAUUGCCUACAUCCUCUAUAGAAAGAAGAUUUUUUGGAAAAUCUGAUGGCUCCUGCUGACACGUGCUGCUGGAGGACUCUAGUGGGCCUGCAGGGAGGACUGAAGCAGGCUUUGUUAAAGGGAAGCAUUCAUUAGGAAAUUGUGUUUACAGAAUAUAGGGGAAGACGCUGAUGUCCUCAAACUGGUUAACUGUGACACGGCUCCCCAGGACUCUGCCUGUGUAUUUGUGACUUAACAGAUUUGAAAUGUAAUUGUGUUUUCCUCCAUUUUCUGUGGGAAUGAAUGUAUGGAACUUCAUUCCAAGGAGAUUGGCUUUAACUUUCCAAAAGGGAAUUGCCAUGGGUGUUUUUCUUCCGUGUUAGAUGAAACAAUCCGAGCUCUGCUUCUUCCUUUCCACACAUAUGCACAUACCAACACGAAAUGCCAUUUCUCCUACUGCAGCUGCUGUGAAGCUUACUGGAUGUGAUGUAUCAUAACUUUGUCUAUUUUUUUUUUAUUCAAUGCAGUUUAAUGUUUCCAGAAAGCCAAAGUAAUUUUCUUUUCAGAUAUGCAAGGCUUUGGUGGGUCCAAACAAUGUCUAGCACAAGCCAUUUUUUCUUAUCCUCUCUCAGAAAGUUAAAAUACAGAUGUGUUAUUCCCAGCCCCUAUUGCCUAUCUGUCUGUCUUUAGCCAUGGGCCAUGGGAGUGGCUGUGGGGAGGGCAGGCACUGCCUAUGCCCGUGGGUCUAGCUGAGCCGUCCCUGCUGUGUGAGGUGCCGGGCGAGACCCUUGGCUAGCUUGGGCCUUGGCUUCCUCAUCUGUGAAGUCAGAGGGUGGGGAUGACUCUCAGUUUCCUUCUAGCUCUUAGACAUGAUGAGGUGACACAUCGAUAGCUUUUCUGAAGUCUUCAGAAAAAAAGUUUUAUUACAGAAAACUCUUCAAAAUAAAUGAUAAUGAAAACUUUUAAAAACUCUCAUUGGAGUAAGUCUUUUCAAGAUGACCCUCCACGAUGGAGGCGACGUUCCUGCUUGUCAUCACAUAGCCAAAGACGUUGUUUCUUAGGCGUGAAAUCGGGGACACAGAGACACACAGCACUGUUGGUGGGAGGCGUCGUCGUCACCCUCCUGAGUGUUCUGUGGGGAUGUCCUCUGUGAGGAACAUGUGGUCACAGGGUUGUGCUUCACCCACCCUUCCCUGGUGAGAUGGGCCUUAGCCUGUGCCGCUGCCUUCAGCCUCGUCUCUGCACGGCAGCCUUCUGUCUGUUCCUGGCUCUGCCUUGUGCCCUGAACUCUCAUCCGGCUUGUACCUGUCUGCUGGACCCCUCCACCUGGAGGCCAGCCCUCGUCUCAGCCUCAGCCCUACCCUCCUCUCCUCAAACACAAAGCGUUUCCUCUUAGGUUUCCCUGGCUUUGUGAAUGGAUCACGCGUCUUUAGGUAUAAACCUGCUGUCAUCUUUCUGCCCGCCUCACCUCCGCCAGAUCUCCCCAGUUCUGUGUCCGUCUUCCACCUGCAGCUACUCCGUUCUCAUUGCCACUGCCACAUCACUCAAGUCCAGACUCUUGUCAUCAUUUUCAAACCAGCCUCCUUCCCUCAUCCCCGCCUUCUUAAAGCCACCUCUCCAUUGCCACCGGAUUAAGCUUUCUUCAGCCAGAUCACCUGUCUUUGAGAAACUUCCAUUGAAAUGGAAACACCUCUGCCUGGCACACAUACUCACCUUCUUUAUUCCCACGCAUCUUUCCAGCCUCCCCUCCCCUCCCCUCCCCUCCCCUCCCCUCCUCUCCCCUCCCCUCUUCUUCCCUCCCCUCCCAUUCUAAAUUCAGCCCAGCGGGGCUUCUCCUGCCUCCAUCACAUCACAGAAGUACCUCCUGCUUCUGGUUUCAAUUAGAGCCUUCCUGGAUUGCCUUUUCCUCUGAAUUUUUUCCUAUCUACAUUUGAUCUAUUGUUUUUAAACCCCUUAUUUCUGAGGUACCUUCUCUAAUCUCUUAUUCUCAUCCCCAAAUAGUGUUUUCUUCCUCUGGGUUCUUGGAAUGUUAUCAAUCUCACAGCAUUUAGUGCUUUUUGGCUGGUGUGACUUUUACUUGUGUGCAUGUGCAAUUUCUAAUUUCCCACGCUAGACUGUGAGCUUCCUAAGGCAAGAAUCAUGCCGUGUUCGUUUGUGUAUUCCUCAUGGCGCCAAACAGUGCCUUGUACAUUGCAGGCACUAAAUAAACAUUUUUAAAGCAAA